AUGUUGUCAGCGAGACAACAGGGGGGCCUUCCGAGCAACACAGAGCCAAAUCCAAAUGCUACAGCAAAGGCCAUCACGUUGAGAAGCGGCAAGACCGCUCAAGCCAUCCCUCCGGCUGUUUCAGAAAAGCCAGUCGAUGACGAGGAGGUUGAUGAGGAGAUUGAGGCUGAGUCUCCGGGUGAGGUGCAACAGAGGCGAGUCCCAGCAAGUACCGCACGACCCAAGGAGCCAGUGAGAGAGUAUGUCCCUCCCGUUCCAUAUCCGGGGAGGUUGAAGAAGCAGAAAAUGGAAGAACACUAUGGUAAAUUCCUCGAGCUUUUUAAGCAACUUCAUAUAAAUUUACCAUUUGUCGAGGCACUUGCUCAAAUGCCUAAGUAUGCCAAGUUUCUGAAGGAUAUCCUAUCCAACAAAAAGAAACUUGAGGAGCUUUCGCAAGUGACCUUGAAUGAAGAGUGUUCAGCGGUUCUUCAGAACAAACUACCGAAGAAGAUGAAUGAUCCUGGGAGUUUCACUAUCCCGUGUUUGAUCGGUAGUUUGUCGGUCAGCAAUGCGUUGGCUGAUCUUGGAGCUAGCAUAAACCUCAUGCCAUAUGCGGUUUUUGCUAAGCUAGACUUGGGAGAGCCCAAGCCGACUCGUAUGAGCAUUCAGCUAGCCGACCGUUCAGUGAAGUACCCUCGAGGCAUAGUUGAGAAUAUGCUGGUGAAAAUCGACAAGUUUGUCUUUCCUGUCGAUUCCGUGAUUCUGGACAUGGAUGAGGAUAAAAACGUUCCCCUUAUCUUAGGUCGCCCAUUCCUAGCCACUGCGAGAGCCUUGAUUGAUGUCUGCACUGGUAGGCUUACUCUCAGGGUUGAUGAUGAGGAGGUUACCUUUGAUAUAGGGAAAUCCAUGCAACACUCACAGAGUCAGGAUGAGACACUCUACUUCAUUGAGACUAUCGAUACUUAUGUGAGUGAUCAUCUUCAUGCUACAUUCGAGGAGGAUGUUAUGGACACACAACUGCUUGGAGGGGAGACUUUUGGUUCACCUAGUGUGGACCGAAUGGUUGAGGAGGUGACCUGUCUGAUAGGUCACGCAUCUCCCCCGUGUCCCGAGGUUUUUGAGGUUGUGGAUCGCGUGACUGAGCCUAAAGCACGCCCUUCUAUUGAGGAUCCACCUUCGGUUGAGCUUAAGGAGCUUCCAGAUCAUUUGGAGUAUGCUUUCUUGGAGGGUGAGACUCAUCUGCCCGUUAUCAUUUCUGCUGGGUUGUCGAAGGAAGAAAAGGAUCGAUUGCUUGAAGUCCUGAAGCAGCACAAGAAGGCGAUUGCUUGGAAGAUUAUGGAUAUAAAAGGGAUCAAUCCAUCCUUUUGUACCCAUAAGAUCUUGAUGGAGGAGGACUUUAGACCUGUAGUAUAG